UAGCAACACCCAAAGUCAAUUCCUAAUCGCGCUUCAUAUAUGCCAGCCAAUGAACAUCGAGGUAUGGUUAUGGCAAGGCACGUGAUCGGAACUCACGGAUAUCGGCCCGCAUCAUGAAGAGAAGUCCCGGAUAAUAGAUACGGCCUGCAUUAGGUAGAUGUGUCAGGCACCUCCUAGGAACCUUGGAAUUGUGCUCGGCCUUCCUGGUUGGUUUCUCAGAAGUCAUAAAAACGCCCUGACUAUUCAUACCAGCUAGGUAGUAUCAUGGAGGCAAAGCGACACAUCAUCAUCAUUGGAGCUGGCGUUUCUGGAAUUCUUCUAGCGCAUCAUUUUGAGAAGUACUUAUCACACGCCUACACGUUUAAGGUUGUAGAGAAGAACCAUGAUGUUGGAGGCACGUGGCUGGAAAACACAUACCCAGGAUGCGCCUGUGAUGUUCCAAGUGACAUCUACCAGUACUCUUUUGCACCAACAAAGGGCUGGUCCAAAAUAUUUGCACCAUCUGGUGAAAUACAGAAUUACCUCUCGCAGGUUGUCCAUCAUUUCAAUCUAAGGAGUCAUAUCGAAUUCGAGACCUCAGUGGAAAGAUGUGUCUGGGUUGAGCAAGAGAGCACGUGGUUGGUUGACACCAAACGAAGUGGAAUACUGGAAACGGGUAGAAAGGCUGAUAUCCUGAUCAACGCUGCGGGGAUCCUUAACCAUUUCCAGUAUCCUGAUAUUCCCGGAUUAGAAAGCUACAGAGGUCACCUCAUGCAUACAGCAGACUGGGAUCACUCAGUCAGUUUGGCAGGAAAAAACGUCAGCAUUAUCGGAGCAGGAGCCAGCGCUGUGCAGGUUGUACCACAGAUCCAACCUCUAGUCAAGAGUCUGUCGGUUUACAUCCGGACACCAUCCUGGAUAACGAAGCUGCCAGACAGCUUCCGAGAAACCGAGGACAGCUCCAAGAGCCCCGCAGAUGGCUACUUGCAACGUUGUAAGGAGCUCGAAAGUUAUUACAACAAGCUUUUUCCUGUUUUCCACCGCGAUUCAACAACGCAGGUACAGGAGCGUCGGGAAAUGGCCAUAUGGAUGGAGAAAUGUAUCACAGAUCCUAUGCUGCGUAAGAAGCUCAUACCCAACUACGAGUUAGGAUGCCGCAGAAUCAGUCCCGGGGAACCGUUCUUACGUGCUCUACAAGAGCCGAAUGUGAAGUGUAUAUUCACUCCAAUUGAGGCGUGCAAGCCAAACGGCCUAGAGACCGAGGAAGGAAUUGAGACAUCCGAUGUUAUCAUCGCCGCUACAGGAUUCAACACCACGUUUCGACCGCGAUUCCCGCUGCUGGGACAGAAUGGAGUUGACCUCAAGGAGCUAUGGAAGGAUGAUCCGGCAUCAUACAUGGGCCUCGGAUGUGCAGGUUUUCCAAAUUACUUGUCCAUGCUUGGCCCUAAUUGUCCUGUUGCGAACGGCAGUCUGAUUGGGAGUCUCGAGGCGACGGCGGAUUUUAUCGUUCGCCUCCUCAAACGAGUCGAUAGCUUCGGCGUUGCUACAUUUGCACCCGACAAAGGAGCACAAGAUGACUUCAAUAUGCAGGUUGACGAUUUUAUGAAAGGUGCUGUUUGGACCGGAAAUUGCACAAGUUGGUACAAACAAGGUCAGACCGGAAGAAUAACGGCCGUCUGGCCAGGAAGUAGUCUCCACUACCGAGAAGUACUCAGUCAGGACCGCUGGGAAGACUGGAAAUGGACUUACCCUGGCGGUCGAUACAAAGUAUGGGGUAAGGGAGAUUCCACUGUGGAGAAGGAGGAUGGUGAUCACAGUCAUUACCUCGAGCAUGGGCCAUUAUUGUCAAACCUCUCCUUGGCUGGACCUAAAUUGGUUGGUCAUCCGAUGGUCACUAACAGGGACUGGUCAAAUAAGGGGUUUAUCGAUGAUUUCAACUAUCAAGCGAGUGACAAGGCCGCGAACGGAAUUGAGGAUACUUGAUCGAUUGAUUAGACUAUACCUAUGUACUUGCUCACAAUCUUUUUUGACGGUUUUAUGAUCAC